AUGCCUCACGAUCGAGGAGACUCAGAGCAUGGCAUUCCUCUUUUGGACGUCGAAGCCCAGGAUGACAAGAGACAUGAAGAUGUCCCGCAAACUCCAGUCAACCCGGACCAGGCUUCUGCGCGCAAGAAGUUUCUCAUCUGGACUGGUAUCAACAUGGCCGCAACAAUCGGCAUAGUCUUCACCAACAAAGCAAUCUUCAACGACCCCGCUUUCAAACUAAUGCAAACUUCCUUUGCCUCUUUCCACUUCAUCUGUACCGGUUUAACACUCUACAUUGUAUCCCGCCCCUUUUUCGGUGCCUUUGUACCGAAACGAGCCGGCGUGGUAGAAAUGCUACCUCUUGCCCUCUCCAUGUGCCUCAACGUCGUCCUCCCCAACCUCUCCCUCGCCUUCUCCACCGUAACAGUGUACCAACUCUGCCGCGUGCUCCUCACGCCCAGCACGGCAAUAAUAAACUACAUAUUCUACUCAUCCACGAUCCCGCGUCCCGCCGCUCUAUUCCUCAUCCCCGUCUGUCUCGGCGUCGGCAUCACAUCCUACUACGACACGAAACCCGCUGCCCCGGCUACUGGCUCCGGUGCCGAGAAGGUCGUCGCGACGACGAGUAGUCUGGGCGUUAUAUUCGCGCUGUGUGGUGUGUUGGCUAGUAGUGCGUAUACGGUGCUGAUAGCGGCGUAUCAUAAGAAGCUGCAGAUGUCGUCUUCGCAGCUGCUGCUUAACCAGGCGCCCAUCUCGUCCGUGCUCCUUAUGUUCGCUGUGCCGCUUGUCGAUCAGGUGCCUGUGCUUAGUGAUGUGCCGGGGUACAGAUGGGCGAUGAUUUUGAUGUCUGGAGGCUUCGCAGCGCUAAUCAACAUCAGCCAAUUCUUCAUCGUCGCAGGCAGUGGCCCAGUCUCCAGCACGGUAGUGGGACAUCUAAAGACAGUCAGCAUUGUGGGCAUUGGAUGGGCGGUCGGUGGCAGGAGUGUGGCUGAUAAGAGUGCGUUGGGGGUAGUCAUGACAGUAGGCGGGAUUAUCGGAUACUCGUAUAUUAUGUUGAACAAACCCAAGGGAUAA